CAAACUGCUGAUUUCAAUAUUUGAAUAUUCUACAUUUUUGGUUAAAAACAAGCAUUUCAUUUAAUGGUUUUAAAUAACGAAAAAGAGCAUAGCGCUGUCAAAUCUGGCAGUCUUCCAUACACAUGUGCUUUGUUGAUCGUGGAUUGUUUUUUGGCAGAAAUAGCAGCAGGAUUAGGUGAAUUCUACAGGAAUGAAAAUUAAAUCGGCGAAAAAAGCAGCGAAACGGGAUUUGCCUGCAAAGGAUGAUGGAGAAUCUGAUAUUAGUAGCGCGCCACCCGCAAAGUCGCCAAAGAAGGCAAAGUUUUUAAAUGGUAUUAAUGGGGAAGUUGAGGAGCAAGCAGUUGAGAAGCCCCCCGCAGAAAAGUCAGGAGGUUCAGUGAAUGUUUCCAUAUUCCAGCAUUUUAAGGAACUAACCAACGAUGACGAAGAUAAACGCAUGAAAGCGGCAUUGCAAUUGCUCCAACAAUUGAGCAAAACCAAGGAGGCCGAUAAGCGUCAAAAAGAGCUGACGUACGCGCUAAAGCGUUUAGUGCGUGGCUGUGGCGCUGCGACUAAUACGUCACGGGCAGGAUUUUACACAGGUUUAGUAGCGUUUCUUAAAGCUUUCGACGAGCAGGAAAUAACGCUCGAACACAUUUUUGAUACGAUGCAAAAAGAGCUGCAUGUAGGCGCGACCGUGGGAAACAAGGAUGAUGCUGAUGCGGUUGUUGGUAAAAUAUUGGUUUGUGGUGCGUUGCAGCAGGCGGGACGCUUGGAUAACAUCGAGCACAAUGAGUAUUUGGAACGUAUUACAAACACUCUGAUACAGGCUACAAAACAACGCAGUUAUCAUGCAUCCCUUGGUUAUGCACUACUCGUAGAACUUGUCGAAAAGUUGUCUCCAAAGCAAUUCAGCACCGUCGUUUGGCCUUCAUUGCAGAAUGAACUGCAGCGUUCAUGGUCAAAGCAAACACUGCAAACUGUGCAUUGCCUAAUAGCCACGCAGCUUCGUUUUCCUAAAAUCGCGAAUGCCAAAUUCAUGAAGGCGCACUUUGGCCACGCCGAUCUUUUACAGCCUGAGAGCUAUGCUCAUCUGUAUCGCCUAUUCUGGGAACACAAUAAUAUGCAAUUAUUGACACAUCCUGCUUUUGAGGCCUUUGGCUCUUAUAUAGCUAAAAGUGAUAACCUGAACAAAUUCUGGUUAGAACAGGUAGAUGCUGGUUUGGAAAGCAGCAAUAAGUUACGCGAAUUAAUUACUUUGAAAAUUGCCACAGAUGUCUUUAACAAUUGGCAGCAGUCACAGGAAACGGAAAAGAAGCAUGUGGCUGUUGCAGAUUUGUUAAGCCCAAACUUUAUGCAUUUACUGGUUGAAGGGCUAAAAAAUCAAAAACAAAAGAAAGAUGAAACACUCAAAGCUUUUUACGACGACUUUUUCGAAGCCUUGGUGAGUUGUUGCACCAAACUCGCGGAUGAUAAACAACUGGUAGCCGUAAUACGCCGACUUAUAUUGCCUCCCGGCCAAUUUGGAAUAGAGAAAUAUACUAGCACGCGCGUGGUACAUCAGUUAAUCAAUGCGCUGGGCACUACAGGUGUUAAGAAAGUAUACACACUUCAUCAUAACAUUUUCCUAGGCUUACAGCCGAAGAAUCCGAGUAACGCAAGCGAAGAAUGGCUGAAUUUCGAACGUAUGAAUGCUGGUUAUGUGCUGCAGCAUUUGCUCGCGCACAAGUCGAUGCGCCAAGAAUAUGAUUGGCGAGAGCAGCAACUGCGCUUUCUGCUCACCUGUGGCAUAUUUUAUGUCAACGAGUCGGCGGAUAUAUGCAAAAAGGAGAGUGCGUCCACUUUCAGCAAUGACUUUGGCGAACAAUGCAAAAAUAUGUUCUUCACAAGCAUGCAGAGUCGUUUGGUCGACUUGCAGCAGGAAAAGCAAUUGCUCUUGAAGCUGGUACAGCACUGCAAUGAGCGUAUGGGGCAUAAACAUGCCUUGAAAUAUUUCCGUAUUAAGCAAUACGACGACACGUUGCAUAAAUAUUGGCAGCAAAUGCACACAGCCUUGGGUGGAAGUGAAACCAGUGGGAAGAAAAAGGACAAGUCAAAGUCGACGAAAGCGACAGUAAGCGAUGAUAAACUGGAAUUGGUUUUCCAAAUUUUGCUACUCAAUAUGGGCUUGCAGCUGUUCCGCGAACCGGAAAUGGCGGGACCGGCCAUAGAAGACCUGCUCAAGUGUAUGCAGCGGGUGAAGGAGAAACAUAAGAAAAAGCAAAAGACCAAGGAAAGUGUCAAGAAUUCCGAAACGGAGGACGAAGAACCCGAAUGGAUUGAGGUCGUUGUGGAUUUAUUCCUUCAUUUACUUUCACAAAACGCCACGGCGCUGCGGAAUAUUGUCAAUGCGCUGUUCCCACACUUGUGCGGGAGCCUGAACCUGACCGCUGUACACCAAAUAUUAGCUGUAUUGGACAUGAAGGAUGGCCAUAAUCCUCUAAGUGCACAUGGCGACGAAAGUGAGGAUGAGGAUGAAGAAGAUACUGAUGAUGACGAUGAUGAAACACAAGGUGGUAAAAAUAAAAAAUCACCACCGAAACUAGUAAAUGGUAAGGCUGAUAAUGAUGCCGAAGGUAGUGGUGAUGAUAACGACGAUGAGGAUGAAGAUGGUAAUGAUGAUGAUGAUGACGAUGAUGAAGAAGACGAGGAUGACGAUGACGACGACGAUGAUGCCGAGGAAGAUGAAGCGACAGCUGCCGACAGGCUUCGUAAUGCCGUCUCACAAGCGCUUAUGGCACAUGGUGGCAUGCCUACCGCGGGCGACGAUGACGAUGAUAUGGCCUCAAUCGAUUUGAAUGACAUGACUGAGGAGGAAGGGCACAAGCUUGACGAAGCACUAGCUGAAGCUUUUAAGGCCAUGCGCAAGACAGGCGGUGGUGGUGCAGCUGCUAAGAAGUCAAAGAGCUAUCGUGUCAAAAUUACCACGGUUAUGCAUUUCCGCAUACGUGUCCUCGAUCUGCUCGAAAUCUACUUGCAACAGCAGCCUCUUUUGCUGAUCGCCAUUGAAGUUAUGCUUGCUUUGUACAAUAUGCUGCCACACUGUGUAGGAGACGAGCUGAAACCGCUGCAAAUCAAAGUGGAAAAGGUGUUGCAAAAAUUGACGGCAUUGAAAUACGAUGUCGCCGAUGUCCAGGAGGAUGAGGUGGUGGCCUUUAUACGCCUAAUUGUCGAACAGAAAUCGCCAGCAGCAGCUUUUGAGGCAAUGAAUAAGCUGCGUAACAAAUGCAUUAUAUUCCUGGUGAAUAGCGCGAUUAAGAUUGCUGCAGAGAAAAGCGAUGACUGCAAAAAAGUGCUAGCGCUAUACGAAGAAUAUCUCCAGGAGUUCCUACAAUCGCGUAAUCCAAGCGUGAAUAUCACUUUACUGUCCGACAUUUUCCGGCUGCGCUGGAGUGGCGUUUGGCAACUGGCGGUGUCGCUGUCGCGCAAAGGUCUGAACUUGGAAACGCGUGCUUUCCGCCGCAUACAAAUCUACGAACUACUCGAUGUGCUUUACAAAAAUCAUGAACUUCAGCGGCUGGAUGUGUCCACCGCAAAAACUCAAUUAAAGCAGAUAGAAAGCGCGCUCUGUAGCCACAUCAAAGCGCUAGCCGCGGGCACUGGGACUGAAAUAUCGCCGAAGGAGUAUACCGUGUUACUGCAAUUGCUGAUGCAGGCACAGAAGACACACCAUCGGCUGCAAGUGAAAUCGGCUCUGGCCGACGUGGACAUUAAACAAGCUAUUCAAAGCAUGCGUGCCGAUUCAACGCAGGUUUAUCAACGAUAUUGUGCCGCCUACAAGCUGCUGGUGGAGCGUGGCAAUGGCAAGGGCAAGCAAAAGAUGAAUGGCAAGCAAGCAGUAGGAGAGGCGGCAGCGACUGCAAAGAGGGAACACGGUGGUCAUGUGGGAAAUGAUACGUUGGAGGCAGUGGAAAACGAUGGGGGGAAUGGUGCACAGAAAAAGCGAAAGAAAAUCAAUGAUAAAGCGUUACGCAAACUGAAGAAGCAAAAGAAAGAGCAACGUUUGCAAGUUGCCUCUGCAGGAUUAAAUGGCAGCUUCGCAUUUGUGCGGCAAGCGUCAAACGAAGAUGAUGAAGAGGCGGAGGAAGAAUAGGAGAUGUAGUGUAUUUUUUCGAUAGUUGGUAAUGUAAGAAACAUGUAAAAAUGAUUGAAAUAUUUGUUUUUUUUUUUUGAAAAUAUAAAUAACAAUUCUUAUCUGUAAUCGAAAAAUCACUAUUUUCUAAAUAUAAUUCUGUUUACUAAGAAAUACACAGAAAUAAAAA